AUGGCCGGCAAGCCACAGGUCAGCCUGGCCCUUGUGGGGCCCGCAGGCUGCGGGAAGACCACGGCCUUGGCACGCCUGUGCUCCGAACUCGGCGCCUUUCCCGCGGAGGAGCACAAGCAGUGCCAGGAUUUGGCCUGGGAGCUUGGACGCCCAUCUCACCGGCAUGGUUGGAUGCUUGACCGCCUGCCUUGCGAGAGAGAGGAGGGCACGACAGUGACGCCAACCCUUCAGACAUUCAAAUCACAGUCUUGCGUAUAUUCCGCAUUCGACACGCCUGGCAGAGAGGAUUUUGUGAGCAAUUUUCUCAGCAUCACGUCCUUGGCGGAUGCAGCAGUGCUGAUGGUGUCAGCAGCCAGUGGCGAGUGGGAGAUGGCCGUGGAAAGCGGACGAGCCAGAGAGCUGGCUCUCGACUGUUUCACCAUGGGCAUCAAGCAUGUCCUAGUUUGGGUCACAAAGAUGGACGACUUUACCGUGCAGUUCGAUCAAGCAAGAUUCGAAGAGAUAAAGAAGGCCGUAACGGCCUACUUGAAAGACGUUGGGUACAAGCAGAAGGAUCCUGUGCCGGUGGUCCCCAUUGCAGGCCUCUCAGGCGAGAACUUGGCCAGCAAGUCUGCAGAGAUGUCCUGGUAUGCUGGUCAUUCGGCCAUCGAGUCACUGGAUGCCCUCGGCAGCAUGAACAGGCCAGCAGAGAAGCCGCUGAGACUACCUGUGCUGAAAGUCCAUGACCAGCCUAAGGCUGGCACCGUGGUUGUAGGACGCAUAGAAACAGGCUCAAUUCGAAUAGGAAUCAAGGUGAUCUUCUCACCUAGUGGACUCGUCUCAGAAGUCCGAUCGAUUUACAAGGCUGGUGAGCCAGUCAGCGACGCCAGGGAAGGCGACAUCGUGAGCAUCGGUCUUGGUUCUGGUGACGAGUCUGAGCAGCUGCGGCCGUCGGACAUCCGCCGUGGCAUGGUCAUCUCGGGUAGCACAGAUCCAGCUGCUGAUGCAGAGACCUUCCUGGCGCAGGUGGUUGUUCUGAACCAUCCAGGGGUGAUCCGUGCAGGAUACUGCCCCGCCAUUGCUGUGCACACAGCACAAGUACCUUGUGAGUUCGAGGAGCUCCUGAGCAAAGUGGACAGGAAGACGGGCAAGGAUUCCGAGACUAACCCUGCAUCCGCGAAGUCGGGAGAUGUUGUCACAGUGAAGAUGCGGCCUCGUGCACUGGUUUGUGUGGAGACUUUCAGUGCCUACCCUCCCCUCGGCCGAUUCGCUAUCCGCGAUCACGGCCGAACAGUGGGAGUGGGAGUCAUCAAAGAAGUCACCAAAAGGCCGGUGCCCAAACCGAGGAGCCACAAUCAAUAUUUUGACCCUUCUGAUGACACUUGA